ACCCGGGAUUUGGGCGGGUUCUUCCGCUCAGGCAGAUAGAAGUGCCUCCGGGUCGCCGUCGGCUAUCGCCGACGGGCGCGAUGAGGUAGCUGAGGCUCCAAGAGGUUGGUGGCGUGACUUGACCAAGGUUAAAUAGCCAUCUAGGAGCCAUGUCUACUUUGUUUCCCUCACUCUUCCCCCGUGUGACUGAGACGCUCUGGUUUAAUCUGGAUCGGCCCUGUGUGGAGGAGACUGAACUGCAACAGCAGGAACAGCAGCAUCAGGCCUGGCUCCAGAGCAUUGCAGAAAAGGACAACAACCUGGUACCUAUUGGCAAGCCAGCCUCGGAGCACUAUGAUGAUGAGGAAGAAGAAGAUGACGAAGAUGAUGAAGAUAGCGAGGAAGACUCAGAGGAUGAUGAGGAUAUGCAGGACAUGGACGAGAUGAAUGAUUACAACGAGUCACCUGACGAUGGAGAGGUCAAUGAGGUGGACAUGGAAGGUAACGAGCAGGAUCAAGACCAGUGGAUGAUCUAGGCACACAGAGCAGGAGUGCCCUGGUGACAUUCUAACCAGCCCAACCCACCCUGAACCCCCUGCUGAACCAGCUGGGGGUCCCAGUACCUGAAAGCUGAACCUUGGACACUUCCACAGCUGCUGCCAACACCUGGUCUCCUUGGCCUUCCCCAGGUCAUUGGCCUGCC